UGUAUUCAUCGUAGCUAGAGAGCAUACACACGGCUCUCAGCCAACAGUUGUACUGUGUAUGAAUAGACCCACAAAACAUUGUGGGUAUGCGUGCACUGUACUGCUGCACGUUGCUUGGACCAUUUAAGACCCAGAGAUCUAUAUUGUGAUAAGUUUUGGAACAGAACCACUUGCAGCAUGAAUUUCGCAGCCAGUGGCGACUACCGUGGGGACGGGCGAGCACUCCAGCACGCCAUCAUAAUGCAGCACAUUGAUAAGCUGACAUUCCGCCCUGGGGACGAGGUCUUUGACGUGGGCUGCGGAUCGGGAGAGGAGACGAAAACGAUUGCGUCAAAGGUCAAAGGUGUCGUAGGUAUCGAUUCUUCAGAGGCAAUGAUAGCGGUUGCCAGUCAGAGUAACUCGGCUCCCAACAUCGAGUACGUUGUCGAAGACGCCCGGAGUGUCGGAGACAAUCCCGAGUGGCGGGGAAAGUUCGACAAGGUCGUGAGCUUUUUCAUGCUGCACUGGAUCCCGACUGAGGAGCAACCAAGUGCUCUGGGUGGCAUCCUGAGCUGUUUGAAGGCAGGAGGGGAGGCACUGUUCCUCACAGACGUCAACGACAAAGGACCGCACAUCAUAAGCGAGUUCAACGUAUUUCUGAAGAACCACUCAAAGUGGCGCGUGUACGCCAAGGAUUACAAGAUACCGAUGUAUCCAUGGAAUCAAUCUAUGCCAGACACAGUUAAACUGUUGGAGGAAUUUGGAUGUACCGCCCUGCAAUGUGAAAUCAAAAGACAGGAGUUUCCGUUAUCAAAACUGCAAGUGAAAUUGCUUACUAAGACCAUGUUCGGUGUUUUCGAUCUUGUCCCGGCUGAACAACAAGAGGAAUUUCUGGAAGACGUUUGGCAGUGGACGUUAUCACACAACGCAGAUGAAAGCCAGACAGCGGCUGACUCAGUGUACUUACAUGCAGACGAAUCUGUGGUUAUGCACGUUCUUAAACGAUGACAAGACGUUUGGGUGUUACAGACUGGCCACCAUCUUGUUACUAAGGCAUAAUUGUCACGGACGAGAUGCAAAACAUGUAGACUCUAGGCUCUACAUAACACACAGACCAAGCUGCCGACACAGCAAAUUAGAUAACUUGCUAAAAAGAAUGGCGCAUGAGUAUAAACAAUACAGAGAAACAACAUUUUUCGUCUUAUUUUUUGUAUCAUACACUCUUAUCAGAUCAAUGUACAGGCCCUCUUGUAUAUAAGCUCUGGCAGACUUGUUUUCUUAAAAAGAUAUUUAUUUCAAUUAAACUCUUAAACAUUUUUCCCCAAAACGAUUCUCUACAGUUUAUCGUAAUAAAUUUUUCCCAAUCUGUGUUAAAAAAUUUUUUUUGUAAUACUCCGAGGGAACAGGGGCGGGCGGGUGGGUGCAGCUUUGCGGCUCAAUGGGAGUUUUUAGGGGGUAGCAAGUGAUGCUUUUCUUCUUCAUGAUUUGGCUCUUUUUGUUGCACUCCAAGGGGGAGGGGGGUAGACCCCCUGCCCCUCCCGUCGGUCCGCCAUUGGGGAAGAUGUUGCAUGCAUGGGCAAUGGUACGUAGUUGGGAGUCUGGGUAAGGUCGGUGGGUAAGGCGUGGUUUACUCACCAGGGCCACGUGCAUGCUAAGUAGGUCUCUAAAGUUGUUUCGGAUAAGAGUUUGGCUGAAAACCGAACUCUGGUACAACUAGUGAUCACGCAUCCAAACGGCACCAGUAUCAAGUUUUGAUGACCGUCCCUGAUAGGCACUUUUAGCCCACAAUACACCCAAAAAAAAGGGGGGGGGAAACAAAACCCAGAACCCAGUGUAGUUUGAAUCCGCAAGUGUUCUUGAGGUGAUUAAAAGUAAACAUAAAGAAGGUUGAUUCAUUCAUGUGUUGAGUGUUUGGUUCAAUGUUUGUUUUUGGUGUCAUCAUUUUGACCGUCUGUCGAUCACUAGUAUCCACUCAGUCUCUACUAGAGGGCGCGGCGCUCACAUCUAGAGGGCGCCUACAAGUCAUAUCUCGAGUAAUGUACGCCCCGUGUGUAAAUAUUAUUAUUUUUUUAACUGAAGGAAACUAUUCUUUGCUGCUUUUUCUGCAAUGAUCACAGUGCGCAUGUUUCAGGAAUUAAAAGAUGAAUUUUCUAGAAUUUCCACAAAUGUACCACGCAUGCGUAUUGAGGUAGAUGACUGAUUAGGAAAAAAAAUGCAUUCAUGAAUAUUAAAAUUCAAUCCUUGUACAACAUCGACAUUGUUUU